AAGAAAACUGCUGUAAUUGAUAACCCUUUUUUUUUUCUUGUUUAUAGGAUUCAGAUUUGGGAUAUUGGUGUUUCUGUUUCUGAGGAAUAUUUCUUUUUGAGUUUUUUUUUUUAAUCAUCAGUCUUGGAAUACAGAAGAAGAAUCAGAAAGACAUUUAUUUCAUUUCAAGUCUGGCACACUCUUGAGGCACUCAUGCCCAAGUACACAACCAUGUGGCCAUCACAGCUAUUAGUCUGCAUGAUGCUCUUAGCACCGACUGUUCACGGUGGCAAGCACAGUGAGCGACGUCCAGCCCUCGCUGUUCCACUGCGACACGCGGAGCGCAGCCCAGGGGGCGCUCUACCUCCCAGACAUCUCCUUCAGCAGCCAGCUGCGGAGCGCGCCACUGCUCAUCGCGGACCAGGGCCCCGUGGAGCUACCAGAGGAGUUCGUGGUCCAGGUGCCCAAGGAGCCCAGAUCUCAGCCCAAGCAUUCAGCCGUGCCCCAAUUCCAAUGGCUGUGGUCCGCAGAGAGCUCUCGUGUGAGAGCUACCCCAUAGAGCUCCGCUGUCCAGGAACAGAUGUCAUUAUGAUCGAAAGUGCCAACUAUGGGAGGACUGAUGACAAAAUUUGUGACUCUGACCCUGCUCAGAUGGAGAAUAUACGAUGCUAUCUGCCUGACGCCUAUAAGAUUAUGUCUCAAAGGUGCAAUAACAGAACCCAGUGUGCAGUGGUGGCAGGUCCUGAUGUUUUUCCAGACCCAUGUCCGGGAACCUAUAAAUACCUUGAAGUGCAGUAUGAAUGUGUCCCUUACAAAGUGGAACAAAAAGUUUUUCUUUGCCCUGGACUACUAAAAGGAGUAUACCAGAGUGAACAUUUGUUUGAGUCCGACCACCAGUCUGGGGCAUGGUGCAAAGACCCUCUUCAGGCUUCUGACAAGAUUUAUUAUAUGCCCUGGACCCCCUACAGAACUGAUACACUGACCGAAUACUCAUCCAAGGAUGACUUCAUUGCUGGAAGGCCAACUACAACCUACAAGCUCCCUCACAGGGUGGAUGGCACAGGAUUUGUAGUGUAUGAUGGAGCUCUGUUCUUCAAUAAAGAGCGCACCAGGAACAUAGUAAAGUUUGAUUUACGGACUAGGAUAAAGAGUGGAGAGGCUAUCAUAGCAAAUGCCAACUACCAUGAUACCUCCCCUUACCGUUGGGGAGGCAAAUCUGACAUAGACCUGGCAGUGGAUGAGAAUGGGCUAUGGGUAAUCUAUGCAACAGAACAAAACAAUGGUAAAAUUGUCAUUAGUCAGUUGAACCCUUACACCCUACGGAUUGAAGGGACAUGGGAUACUGCAUAUGAUAAAAGGUCAGCUUCCAACGCAUUUAUGAUUUGUGGAAUUCUGUAUGUGGUCAAAUCUGUAUAUGAGGAUGAUGACAAUGAGGCUACGGGAAAUAAGAUUGACUACAUAUACAACACCGACCAAAGUAAGGAUAGUUUGGUGGAUGUACCCUUUCCCAAUUCAUACCAGUACAUAGCAGCUGUGGAUUACAACCCCAGGGACAACCUUCUUUACGUAUGGAAUAACUAUCACGUCGUGAAAUAUUCUUUGGAUUUUGGACCUCUGGAUGGUAGAUCAGGGCAGGCACAUCAUGGACAGGUAUCGUACAUCUCUCCACCAAUUCACCUUGACUCUGAGCUAGAGAGACCCCCUGUUAGAGAAAUCUCUACCACAGGACCUCUUGGCAUGGGAAGCACCACCACCAGUACGACCCUUCGGACCACUACUUGGAGCCCAGGCAGGAGUACCACCCCAUCAGUGGCAGGAAGAAGAAACCGGAGUACCAGCACCCCAUCUCCAGCCGUCGAGGUGCUUGACGACAUUACCACACACCUUCCGUCAGCGUCAUCCCAGAUCCCAGCUCUGGAAGAGAGCUGUGAGGCUGUGGAAGCUCGAGAAAUCAUGUGGUUUAAGACCCGUCAAGGACAGAUGGCAAAGCAGCCAUGCCCCGCAGGAACCAUAGGAGUAUCAACAUAUCUGUGCCUGGCUCCUGCUGGAAUCUGGGAUCCUCAAGGACCAGAUCUUAGCAACUGUUCUUCUCCUUGGGUCAACCAUAUAACACAGAAGCUGAAAUCUGGAGAGACAGCUGCCAACAUUGCUAGAGAGCUGGCCGAACAGACAAGAAAUCAUUUGAAUGCUGGAGACAUCACUUAUUCCGUCCGUGCCAUGGACCAGCUAGUAGGCCUCCUAGAUGUACAACUGCGGAACUUGACCCCAGGUGGAAAAGAUAGUGCUGCACGAAGUUUGAACAAGCUUCAGAAAAGAGAGCGCUCUUGCAGAGCCUAUGUCCAGGCAAUGGUCGAGACAGUUAACAACCUUCUCCAGCCACAAGCCUCGAAUGCGUGGAGAGACCUGACUACAAGUGAUCAACUACGUGCAGCCACCAUGUUGCUUGACACUGUGGAAGAAAGUGCUUUUGUGCUGGCUGAUAACCUUUUGAAGACUGACAUCGUCAGGGAGAACACAGAUAAUAUUCAAUUGGAAGUUGCAAGGCUGAGCACAGAAGGAAACUUAGAAGACCUAAAGUUUCCAGAGAACAUGGGCCAUGGAAGCACUAUCCAGCUUUCUGCAAAUACCCUGAAACAAAACGGCCGAAACGGAGAGAUCAGAGUGGCCUUUGUCCUGUAUAACAACUUGGGUCCUUAUUUGUCCACGGAGAAUGCCAGCAUGAAGUUGGGAACAGAGGCUAUGUCCACCAAUCAUUCUGUUAUUGUCAAUUCCCCGGUUAUUACAGCAGCAAUAAACAAAGAGUUUAGUAAUAAGGUUUAUUUGGCUGAUCCUGUGGUGUUCACUGUUAAACAUAUCAAGCAGUCUGAGGAAAAUUUCAAUCCUAACUGUUCAUUUUGGAGCUAUUCCAAGCGCACAAUGACAGGUUAUUGGUCAACCCAAGGCUGUCGGCUCCUGAUAACAAAUAAGACACACACUACCUGCUCUUGUAACCACCUAACCAAUUUUGCAGUACUGAUGGCACAUGUGGAAGUUAAGCACAGUGAUGCAGUCCAUGACCUUCUUCUGGAUGUGAUCACGUGGGUUGGAAUUUUGCUGUCCCUUGUUUGUCUCCUGAUUUGCAUCUUCACAUUCUGUUUCUUCCGUGGGCUCCAGAGUGACCGUAACACCAUCCAUAAGAACCUCUGCAUCAGCCUUUUUGUAGCAGAACUGCUCUUCCUGAUUGGGAUCAACCGAACCGACCAACCAAUUGCUUGUGCAGUUUUUGCUGCCCUCUUACAUUUCUUCUUCUUGGCGGCUUUCACCUGGAUGUUCCUGGAGGGAGUGCAGCUCUAUAUCAUGCUGGUGGAAGUUUUUGAGAGUGAACAUUCACGGAGGAAAUACUUUUACCUGGUCGGCUACGGGAUGCCCGCGCUCAUUGUGGCUGUGUCAGCUGCGGUAGACUACAGGAGUUACGGAACAGAUAAAGUAUGUUGGCUCCGACUUGACACCUACUUCAUUUGGAGUUUUAUAGGACCAGCGACCUUGAUAAUUAUGCUUAAUGUAAUCUUCCUUGGGAUUGCUUUAUAUAAAAUGUUUCACCACACUGCCAUUCUGAAACCUGAAUCGGGCUGUCUUGAUAAUAUCAACUAUGAGGAUAACAGACCCUUCAUCAAGUCAUGGGUUAUAGGUGCAAUAGCUCUUCUCUGCCUGUUAGGAUUGACCUGGGCCUUUGGACUCAUGUAUAUUAAUGAAAGCACAGUCAUCAUGGCAUAUCUCUUCACCAUUUUCAAUUCUCUACAGGGAAUGUUUAUAUUCAUUUUCCAUUGUGUUCUACAAAAGAAGAAACAAAAAAGAGUAAUUUGUGUGAAAAUUCACCGCAUGGUGAGUUCAUUUCCUUUUUUCCUUUUCCCCAUCCAGAGCCGAAUUCGUAGAAUGUGGAAUGACACGGUCCGAAAGCAGUCAGAGUCUUCCUUCAUUACUGGAGAUAUAAACAGUUCAGCGUCACUCAACAGAGAGGGGCUUCUGAACAAUGCCAGGGAUACAAGUGUCAUGGAUACUCUACCACUGAAUGGUAACCAUGGCAAUAGUUACAGCAUUGCCAGUGGCGAAUACCUGAGCAACUGUGUGCAAAUCAUAGACCGUGGCUAUAACCAUAAUGAGACCACCCUAGAGAAAAAGAUUCUGAAGGAACUGACUUCCAACUACAUCCCGUCUUACCUGAACAACCACGAGCGCUCCAGCGAACAGAACAGGAAUCUGAUGAACAAGCUGGUGAACAACCUGGGCAGUGGGAGUGAAGAUGAUGCCAUUGUCCUGGAUGACGCCACCUCCUUUAACCACGAGGAGAGUCUGGGCCUGGAACUUAUUCAUGAGGAAUCGGAUGCUCCUUUGCUGCCCCCGAGAGUUUACUCCACAGAGAACCACCAGCCACACCUUUACACCAGAAGGCGGAUCCCCCAAGACCACAGUGAGAGCUUUUUCCCUUUGCUAACCAACGAGCACACAGAAGAUCUCCAGUCACCCCACAGGGACUCUCUCUACACCAGCAUGCCGGCCCUGGCUGGUGUGCCGGCCACAGAGAGCGUUACUACCAGCACCCAGACCGAACCCCCACCGGCCAAAUGUGGUGAUGCCGAAGAUGUUUACUACAAAAGCAUGCCAAACCUAGGCUCCAGAAACCACGUCCAUCAGCUGCACACCUACUACCAACUAGGUCGCGGUAGCAGUGAUGGAUUUAUAGUUCCUCCAAACAAAGAUGGGACCCCUCCAGAGGGAAGUUCAAAAGGACCUGCUCAUUUGGUCACUAGCCUAUAGAAGAUGACAGAAAUUUAAGCCAACAAAACUGCUAACACCUGGUUGACUGUUCUGAGUUGACAUAAGCAGUGGUAAUAAUGUGUGUACUCCUAAAUCUUUAUGCUGUUCUUCAACGACAAACACAAACUCUCAGACUUCUUUCUUUUCUUUUUUUUUUUAAACUGGGAUUUUUAGGUCAGCCCAGGGGAGAAAGAUAACUGCUGAAAUCCCCCUGUGCUCUCUCCUUUCCUGUCCCUUUCCCCCUCAGAUGGAGACUUCAUUAUGUUAAUGAACAAGAUAUGAAGAAAAUGGCGCUCAUUGUGGCCUUGUUGAGUUAUGUUGUUUGUUCUAACAUCUCUGAUGCUCUGUUACUAUCAUUACAAGGACCUGAUUUUUAAAAGGCCAGGACAGUUGUUUGAAAUUAGUAACAAUGCUGCAUCUAGAUUGGAGUGCUGCACAAACAUAAAAGCAAAGCAAACUGUAUCAAUAGUGGUUUUUAGUCACUCACAACCUGAAUUCACCACAGCAAGAAUAGUUGUGGUGUACAAAAGAAAACAAAAUCAGUAAUGAAAUGGAGGGGAAUUCUAGAAUUAUAUGCUAAAUGCAUAUUUUAUGAUUUGCUGUAUUAACUGAUGAUAAAACUAAUGGCAGAAAAAAAAUUGAACAAUUUCUAUGUAAUGUACAGAUACUAGCAUUGCACAUGUAGUCUGCUUUCUGUUCCUCCAGAAUUUGAGUCCUGUUAACGUAGUGGGAAAAAAAAGAAAUUUUCUUUUUCUUUCGUGCUGGUCUUGCAAGUUUGUCUGCCAGUAAGAGAGCAAGGUUACCUUCCUUUCUUCUUUCUUUUCUUUCUUUCUUCAUUUUCCUUUCUUCUUUUUUCCUUUCUUUUCUUUUCUUUUCUUUUUUUCUUUCUUUGUUUUUUUUUUUGGCCUUUUUCUUUAAAAUUUCACCUGGCAAAAAAUAAAUAAAUAAAUGAAGCUAUCACUUUAUAAGAAUCAUUUUCUAGUAAUGCAAACAAAUUAUUUUUUACAAAAAAUAUAAAAUAAAUAAAAUUAGACUUCCUUCCCUCACUAUAUAUCUUUAUUCAGUCAGAAUAUUUCCAAGAGCAUUUUUGCAAAUUAGAGCAGGAAGAACUUUUAUGUUUACAGUGCACAUCUGUUGUAAUGCAAAGCAUAUUUGGCAAGCAGUUCAUCACUAAGACAGUAGCUAUGAUUCUAGAAGUCAAGAGGUGUCAAUAGAACUAGUGGGGCUUCUGCAUGUGAAAAGUGGGUAUCCCAUAGGCGUGAAAGUGCGGAAUGUUCAGUCUGAUCCCCACGUGGGUGCCUGCACUACCAAUUUUUAAAGGAAAUUCACUCCCUUGUAGAAAGAAUUGAAAGGUCAAGUUAUUUUGAAGUGAUUUUUUUUUUUAAAAACUCUUCUGUUUAUUAACGGCAAAAUUUAUUUAUUUGACAGGAUUUUAAGUAAUGUAGGAAUACAAGAGGUAAAUUAGCAGCACAUAUACUUUUUUUUUAAACUUACGAUCCAUUUUGUAUGGUCUCAAAGUUGGAUGACCUCAUUACUAAUAUUUGUUGUAAAAGUGAAACUUGUUUGCCAACCAAUAAACAACUGAUUGAGAUUUAGAGGAUAUUGUAUUGAUGUAUGUACUAUAUGAUUAAUUAUUCCUUUUCAUUUUUCUCGCCUUUCUUUCCUUCUGUUUUCAAUAUAUAAGCUUUGCUAAUCCUCUGUGGCCCAAAUGAGCCAUGCAAAAGAAAUCAAUCUGCCUAGAUGAAUAGACUAAGCACAAAAUUAUACAGUUUUUGCGGACAAAAUAAUCCAGAAAAAAUGGGAUGGGCAUGUUUAUGUUGGCUGAAAUAAGAUGCAUAACUUACUUUCAAGCAGAUUAAUGUAUAGGUUACUAUGUGCUUAUUUAUAAACCAGCUGCAGUCACACUGCUUAUUAUGAAAGUCAGCUUCAGUCAUAGAAAAAUUUGAGUAUUGAAUUGGGGAAGGGUGGAUCAUAUGUUUUUCCUCCCUUAUAAGCUUCACUUUGUUGUUGGAAAUUUAAAUUCACUCAAUUGGCUAAAAGCUGCAAGAAUCAUGGCAAAGAGAAUAUUCAUUUUAUACAGAUAGUAUAAGACACUUCUAUGAUUAUUUUUUUGUUGUUCUAUAUAUGAAUAAAAUGGGAGGGGAAAAGUCCUUUCAAAGAAACUUUCUGGAUCUCCAGUUACUGAAGAAUCUUUACCAGCAGUGUCCAAGCAUGGAGACUCUCGUGGGGCAAAGUUAGAAUGAAUUUGCCAAAUCAUAAUUUCUCUUAUAUUAUGUGGUAUCUUGGCAGUUUCUUUUUCUUUAUUUUUUCUAAAAAUCCAAACACCAUCCAUCUAUAAAUUAAUUUCUUAAAUUAAGAUGAGAAGGAGUAGUUUAGAGAAUAACCAGUAAUCUACGUAGACAGUUUUAAAAUAUUUGACAAAAGAAAAACUUCCAAGCAGGGCCAGAGUACAUCAUAACCUUAAUAUCACCGCAAAAUAUCUUAUGUAUCAUUCCUUUUUAGUCACUUGACAUAAGUAUUUUUUAAUUUAAUUUGGGUUUUUUUUUUUUAAGUUACAGGAGAACCACAAGCUUUAAUAGUAAUAGGUUUUCUCAUACUACAUAUGGCAAUAUUAGCGCUGAAAGGUGGGUUAGCCUGUCUGUUACAUAGAAGACAUUUGGUAAUGAAAGAAUCUUUUUUUAGACAAGUUUAAGGUAACUUCAGAAACACAAACGUAGUCUGUGGAUUAUAAAUACUUAUGCUUGUUUUGCCAAUCCAACAGUAAUCUAUAUGGAAGCAGCUCCAUCAAUAAGAAGUUAGUUUCACAGAACAAUGGGGAAACUACCUCAGUUCAGCUUGCUGAUGCUGCCGAUUCUGAUUUUCUGAUACUGCUACCUCCCUGCCCAUUAUCUUUUAUGUUUCAUUAUAUGGAAAGUUGAAGCAGAUAGCCUCCCCAGCUCUCCAUAGUCCACGCUGAAGAAAAUCACCUGAAUGCAUAAACUGGUGCAGAAAGCCAUUCAGUCCUGUCAAUUACUACUACGCUCUUACAUCAGGAUGAAAGGGUGAGAUUUUUUUUAACUCUCACGCAUCAUAAUUGGUGUGCUUUCAGAGAGACUUAUGAUCCUAAAGAUUUUCACAGGAAGAGAUUGUUCCCCCAAGUUCAGUGUGACUAUAAUGAAAACAGAACAGUGGACAAAGAAGUUAAUUAGGUAUACAUUUCAACAGAAAUCUGUGCAUACCUAACAUGUAUUGAUGUCCUUUUUACACUAGCAAGGGUUGAUUUCCUGAACUUGAAUCUUUUUCACAUGCGUUUUCAUGUGCAGCAAUUGAUAAAUUAAUAAUUUAAAAAUGUUCUUGUUUUUACCAUCCUUGAUUGACUAUAUUUUCAGUACCCUGGGACAUUGAUGACCUACUUAUUUGCAUAUUUCUGAUGUGUUUAUCUGAUUUUCUGUUACGAAGUAAACUUUCAUCAAAUAUACUAUUCAUAUAUAGCAUGUUAUUUGAAUAGAAAAGUUAUGCCAAUGAAACAAACAAGUUGUUAUUUCCAAGUAAAAUAAUAUUUUCAUAACAUUUUACACUUGAAACCUUUUUUCCUCUUUGAGGUCUAUUUCACAUGAUACUUUAUAAGGACACUAGCUAACAGACCUCAUGUUUAGUUGAUUCAGAAACUGCUGGAUUGUUGCACAGCCCAUGUUUCUAAUUGAUAGUAUUUAUGGAGAAAGCUAAAUUUUGUGAAGGAGAAAUAGGCUAGAAUUUCAAUUAAUUUUUUUCAGCAGCCCUUUUUGUUUCUACUCUAUUAAAAUUAAAAAUACUAUAGUUGAAUAAUAAAUUGCCAUGCUAAAAUAAUCAUAAUGACAAAAAAGAACUGACAUGAGAACAAUUAUCUUGAAAUAAAAAUAGUUUGGAAAAUGUAGUAAUCAAAUGCAGAUAAUGGAAACCCCUUAACUUCCUGUAAUACAAAUUCACAAUGGCUCUUAAAUUAAAAUGUAGUUUUAAAAAUCCCCAUUAAUCUAAAAAUGUUGAUGUAGUGAUGAAAAGUCUUUAAGAUUUUAUUUUUUAAUUUUUCAAUAUUAACUUGGUAUGACAAAUUUUCAUAAUAAUGGAGAUAAGCAUACAGUGAAUUAGUAAUAUUUAUGAAGGAUCCGUAGACUUAAAUUUAGGCACUAUCUUCAGCUUUUUCCCCACAUGUGUUCAAACCCAUUGACUAGUUUGCUUACUUAAAAAAAAAAAACAUUAAAAACUUCAAAGUCUAAUUUUCUGCUUUAUUACUGAAACCAAAAGGGAGAGGGAAAUAUUCUUCUGGGUUGUCUAAAGAUCAACUUCAAACUAAUCAAUUAUUGCCUCCUAUUAGUGAAAGAAUAAUUCACUUUUAGAAGCUGUCCAUCAGUAUGGUACCAAAGUACCACUGCUGCGGGGCAUUUUUCAAAAAACCAAAAACUACUCUGCAGUCAAUUCAAAUAGAGAAAUUUCAACAGAGAGGAAAGAAAGAACCCAAGCCCUAAUUUGAUUUUGAGCAAUUCUGAAAAUACUGUCAAGAAUGUCUUUUCUUCUCUAACAAAAAUAUUUGAGAUAAAAUAACAAUAUAUAUUUCCUUCCCAGUAUAUCAUAGUAUCAAGCUCUUAAGAAUUAAUUAGUUCAUGUUUAGUAAUUCAUAAAUUAUAACUCACCACAUAAAUAAUUAUUAUGCAUUUUAAGUAAUACUUUAAAUAUAUCUUAUGUUAUAUUUCUGCACAUCAAUACAUCAGGAACAUGGAAGCACAAGAGUGAAGCAGCAAUGUUGCAAAAUAGCUUAUGGAAACAUUCUUAUGCUAAUGGGUUCUAUAUGAGAUGCUUCUUUGAGCUUAUAAAAUAGAUUUGAUGGAUCCCAACUGUAAAUUCAAUUCUGUAAUCAGCAAGUAGGUCCUUUAACCGUCUGAAAAAUAUUGCUAAAUAUCUAAAUUUUCAUGUCUAGACUAGAAGCUAAAGUGUUGGUAGCUGCUUCUUUCCUGCUUAGGCCGUAAGAGGAAUAUUUCCUAUUUACUAGUUAACCUGACUACUUCCUCUCUGCUUUAAAAGGGAAAUCAGUCUUCAGCUUUCACCUGUGCACAGACUCACAUACCCCAUUCUUUUCAUUUACAGCUUACAGAGCAAAAAUAGCUUGUUCACAAUAUUGCGAACUUUGCGAUUUUUCCAAUGAAACUGGUAGUUAUUAUGAUUUUGUGUAUUCUCAUUUGAAAUAAAGUUACUGUUAUUCCCUCUUUUCAAAAAAA